AUGGCCGAGACCAUUCGACAAUAUUGUGUCGCAUUGAACGAGGCCGAGAAAGACGAAGAUUACGAUAAAAUCUUGGAAAUCAGCGACAAACGUAAGUUUUAAGUUGGCUUGGGGGGGGGGAGGUUUAUUGGAUUUUACCUUUUUAAUAGUAAGUACGUAUCUUAAUUAAACGGUUUUCAUGUAAUUUUGAAUAGUUUUAUGCUAUGUUUUACUGAGUUAAAACAUUUUUUUUCAGUUUUGGAAUCAGGUCUAGAACAAGUAAAGUCGUUGCCAAUUCUUCAAUGCAAGUUGACUGCUUUGGUUCAACUUGGACAACAUGAUGAUGCUUUGAAGUUUAUUGAACAACAUGGAGAAGGCGAGCUUGGGUAGGUUAUUGUUUUGUAGUUUUUUUUUUAAUUUAGGCAACAAAAUCCAAAAAGGUAUAAGGAUGGUUUCUGUUUUCUUAAGGAAUUGGUGAAAAAGACUUUUCAAGGAAGUAUAGAAUUACUUACUACUCUUUCGUGUAUCUUUGGAUAUUUAAUAAGAAGUAUGAUUUUUAGAGAUACUGUUGCUACUCGUGCUUACAUCUACUACGCCCAGUACAAAAACGACGAAGCCUUGAAAGUGUUGGAAGAUGCUGAUCCUGAGGAUUUUACAGCUUUGGAAGUUAAAGGCCAGCUGUUUUACAGGCUUGGGCGUUACGAGGAAGCUUAUGAAGUUUACAGGUCAGUUUUAAGUUUAUUAUUUUUGGUUUAGGCAUUUAAACAACAUUCGUAGAUACAAAACGCGUAUUCUCUUUAUUCUUAAAAUAAUAAGUAUAUUAUUUUGUAAGAAAAUAAAGCUAAGCUUUAUAAUGCCGCGAAUUAACUUCAGAAAGCUUUGUCGAGAAGGUGGAGAUGGUUUUGACGAGCUCCGCAGAGCCAAUAUGUUAGCCGUCUUAGGUCAAAUGCAACAAAGUGGGCAGAAGAAAACGGAGCCAUCUACAUCCGGAGUAGAUACCUAUGAACAGCUCUAUAACCAUGCUUGUCAUCUGAUCGCCUGUGAGAAGUAUGACGACGCUCGGAAGGCGUUGGACAAAGCGAUUGAUUUGUGUCGAGAAUUCUUGACGGAAGAUGGCGCCUCUGAAGACGAAAUCGACGAUGAAAUAGCUGUCUUUUUGGUUCAGAAGGCUUUUAUUCUUCAUGCUACUGGUAAUGUGGCUGAAGCCAUCAAUUUGUACAAGAAAGUUCAGGAAAUGAAGUAUGUUUUGUGUUUUUUACCAAGAUUUUGAUUUCGUUUGUUGUUUUUUGAUAUGGUAUUAGAUUUUUUAAAUUUUGGUUUGAGCUAUGUUAAUAAUAAGUUAUUUUCAGAUCAACUGACACAAAUGUUAAGAAGGUGUUAGCCGCAAACUUAACUCCAUUUAAGAACAAGUACUUAUUGAGAAGGGCGUUGAAGAAAGAAGGAGUUGAUAGAAUUGAACAUCAGGUAAGAAUCUUUUUAAAGACAAUAAAUAAUUUUUCUAUUACUUUAUCUAUGUAUUUACCUUACGAUAAAAUUUAUUUUUCGUUUAUAAAUUAAUUUUGUGAUGAUGUUUUAGGAAAUUGUGACCGGAAAGCUUCGCAAGCGAAAGAGAAAGGUUAUAUUACCCAAGAACUAUGAUCCUAACGUGACUCCAGAUCCAGAAAGAUGGAUUCCGAAGAGUGAACGGUCAACCUUCAAAUCCAAGAAGGUCCACAAGAAGUUCAAGGAUCGUGAUGUUGGCAGAGGAACACAGGGUGCUUCUAAUGCUAAUACCGCAAAUAUGUAAGUUUUAAAUUCAUGACUUUAUCGCCCUAAUAGUAAAACAGAACGUCAAAUCUUGAUUCAAGAAUUAUUCUUUUAGUGAUUACACAACAGCUGGGCCAAAAGACUCGCCCAAACCGUCUCCAUCCCCUGCUGCGGCCAAGCCAGGCCCACGACAACAAAAGGGCAAAAAGAAGAAGCGUUAA